AUGUUAUCACAACGAGAGUACGAAAAGCUUAAAUGGCAAUUAAAGAAUAUUUCAUCAACAAUUAAAGGACGUCCACGACAAAAUCUUCGAACAACACUCCGAAAAAAAAUACACGAACAUGAAUUAGCAUCAACAUAUCCAACAUUUACACCAUCCAAUUUCCAACAAUUUUUUAUAAAUUUUCAAACAACUGAUUUAACACUUCUUCAUCUUAUUGAAGCUUGUGCAGCUUCAACAAAUUUUAUUUUGGAUACAGAAUCAGUUGGUAUUUAUCAAGGUCCAAACAAACCCGCACUUAUUCAGAUUCAAAUCAUAUUACCAACUUCGAUUUCUUAUGUAUUGAUCAUUGAAGUUUGUCAUUUACCACCUAUCCAUGAAACAACAUUCCAACUUAUUAAACAAUUUUUUACAACAUUGUUUUCUUCAGGAAAAACAAUUUAUAUUUGGGG